CUCCGUGUGUGUGUGCGUGUGUGUGUGUGUGCAUAUAGGCAAUAAGCUGCUCUGCCACUGCGCAACGAUGGAGCUAUCUCAGCGAUGGAGAUGACGCAAACAGCUCUCCAAAAAAGUGUUUCAAGACGAACAUGGCGGCAACUUAACCGCGGUCUAAGAUGACAAUGGCCAGCGGGAGAACGGAUUUCAGGCUUUUUGCCCAGGUGCGGGACAGAGACUGCAGCCUGCGUGUUUUGUCAGGACUGGCAGCUCUUCUUUAAGUCGACCCGCAAAUCCACGGACGCGCAGCAUCAGUUGCUCUCACCGAGAGACUCGCAACAGCUGGUCUCCACGCAGCCCGACGAAAACACACACCGGGGAGGAGGAAGGUUAGGAAAGGUUAACAUGCGGUCAAAGAGGACGCCGUUUCCUCCCGGAGAGCCAUGGAGAACCAGAAUGCGGCAGCGCGGAGCUGAGUCUGUGCGGGCGCGCUAAUUGGAUCGGAAUAGCACCAACUGCCGCGGGCGCGAUACAGGAGCGCCCUGGACCGGCGGAGGCACGGCACCCCACCGCCACAGAGGAGAACCCAUUGGACUCCAUCUCCCCCCUAAGUCAAUGAGUAUUGUGGCAAAACAGCCCCCGCGGUGGAGUCGGCCAGAGCAGCACUUUUCUAAAAUAUGACCAGGGGUGCUUGGAUGCGUCGGCAGCAUGACGAAGGCUUAAAAUACUGGUUUGCAUCCCGGGAGAACGAGAAGCCGUUUACUGAGUCGGAGCGGGCCCAGAGAUGGCGACUGUCGCUGGCCUCUUUGCUCUUCAUCACCGUCCUGCUCUCUGAUCACUUGUGGUUCUGCGCUGAGGCCAAACUGACGCGGACCCGAGACAAGCGGUCCAACCGAGGACUGGCAAUUACGGACAUGGGCGAGAACCCAAACUCCCUUCACCAACACCAACACCAACACCACAUCCCAACAUCACCUGACCUCCACCCUCUCGCCAGAGAGCAAGAUGUUAUUUUUCUAGGAAAUUCUACCAAAUCUCUUUGGCGAAUGGACGCCUGUCGCCCUGACAGUGUGUCCAAAGACUGCUUUACUUUCACGGACGCGAGGACCGUGUGCCUGGGCCUCUCCGCUGGAGAGGGGAAGGGGACACAGUCGGCGUACGUGAAUCUGAGCGAUUUGUACCUGUCUUUUUGUAAUUCCUACUCACUUUUGGAUUUGUUUUACGGGUUUACGACUCCGGACGAUAUGAAUUGCACCCUGGAUAUGGCCAUGGGGGAGGAUCUGCUGGGAUGCAGCGAGUGUGUCCGGGCUUAUCAGCGUCUUGACCUGCAGGCGGAGGAGAACUACCGGGAGUUUGAACUGCUGGUUCAGAAAUACGAGACGGAUGCGUACUCCGUCAGGACGUGCAUGGAGGAAUGUAAGAUGGUGUAUAAGCCCUGGCUGUGUUCUCAGUACUUCCAGACUACACAGAUGCACUGCAGCAAGCGAAUCCCCUGCGGUCAGUACUGCCUGGAGGUGCAGCAGCGGUGCCCCUUUGUCCUGCCUGACAAUGAUGAUCUCAUCCAUGGAGGCAGCCCAAGUUUUAUAUGCACAGGAUUACUGGAGGACUAUCCAUCAGGAGUUGACCCAGACUCAGAGUGCUGUGACGUGCGGUGGGACAUAAAAUCGGACAACCGAUCUCGGGGGACCCUGAAAAGAACUCACCCGCCAUGCCAACACCGCACCUCCCUCAGCUCCUCGGCAGCCUGCAGACUGUGCAACAGCCGGCUCAAACUCUGCCUGCUGGUCCUUGUUCUCCUACACACUGUUGCCAGCCUCACUGCAUCCCACAAUGCAACAGAACUAGGCCUCCCUGCAAUCACGCCUCUGGAGGAGAGCCCUGCCAAUGAGGAGUGAUGGAGCUGCCAGGAGGAGGUGAGGUCGUUAGGGCUGGGGAUUCCCUCACCAUGGCAACUGGUGGAUGUGGAAAAAUACAGCCACGGGAGCUGAGUGUGUGCCUGUGGACACUGCAUCGCUUUUUAGGAAAUAAAAAAUUGUGGGAAGUUUUGAGUAACAAGACACAGAUCAAUCUGAAUAAGUAAAUUAUUGAGAAAAAACAGACAUGUCGAGGGACUUGACGCAGCCAGUUUGCUAGGGAAAGGGGACAACGCCACAGCCUUUGCUGAGUGGGAAGGUCGGCUUCCCCCCGGCUGAGUUUCUCUCACUACGCUUUUUUAUACUGUGUUCCAAUUAUUGGUUUCUGUUGCACUGGCUGACUAUGAAAUAACACUAUCAUAUUCUCUUUCUAA